UUUUCUCCCUCUGUUUUAAAGACAGUGACAGCAUCGGAGAAGUAUCCCGGCGGGCCAGGCUGGGAAAACGCGUCAGCCGCCUCUGCCUGGGGCGGGAGCCGGUGGCCGGCCGGCAGGGGCUCGGGGCGGGGACGCGGGAGCGCAGAGAAGGGGACGGAGAGGGGGAGAGCGCGAGAAGGGCAGCUUGGGUCAGCGGGGAGGAUACCUAGGAGCGAGGCAGGGGGCGUAAGCUGGCGCCGAGUCCCUGGGAGCGCCGGGUGCGAGCCGGCCGCCGCAACCGCCCGAGCCACCCGCGCCGCCCGCGCCCUAGGCUAGCCGGGCGCCGGCGGCCGGGGCGGAGAGGCGGGGCCGGGGCGGGGUCCCCGCGCGGGCGGCGAGUCUGAGUGAGAGCCGGGAGCCGCGGGCCCGGGCCGCGCCCGGAGCGAGCCUCGGAAAUGCCUGCGCCCGGGGAGCGGACGGCAGCCGCCCCGCGGGCCCCGAGGAGAAGCUGAAGGUCGUCGGGAAGUGAGCGCCCGGUCACCUGACCCCCAGGGCGCACCUAGGCGGGGCGGGGCCCAUGAGAGGCGGGCGGCCGGGGGCCGGAGCGCGGGCAGAGGGGCCGGGUGCGGGCGGCGCGGAGCGCGCUGAGCCAGGGCAGCGGGGACGCGCGGCGGGCGGGCGAGGGCGCGGCCGGGCACCGCCGCCGGCCUCGCCAUGUCCCAGCCGGCAGGGAGGAUGCAUUGCCGAAAGGCGGGGAUCCGCGCCGCCGUGGUGCUCAUCGGACUCCUGCACAAAUCCCGAAAACAGAAUAAAGAGAAAAGGAAGCAGGAGCUGGCCAACAGCUCUGAGGUGAGCCUCCCAGACCGGCCGCUGUCCCCUCCUCUCACAGCACCUCCCACCAUGAAGUCAGCAGAGUUCUUUGAGAUGCUGGAGAAAAUGCAGGGGAUCAAGCUUGAAGAGCAGAAGCCGGGACCCCAGAAGAAUAAGGAUGACUACAUCCCAUACCCCAGCAUCGAGGAGGUUGUGGAGAAGGGAGGCCCGUACCCUCUGGUCAUCCUGCCCCAGUUUGGGGGCUAUUGGAUUGAGGAUCCAGAGAAUGUGGGCACACCAACGUCACUGGGCAGCAGCAUCUGUGAGGAGGAGGAAGAGGACAACCUCAGCCCCAACACGUUCGGCUACAAGCUCGAGUGCAAGGGCGAAGCCAGGGCCUACCGCAGGCACUUCCUUGGGAAGGAUCAUCUAAACUUUUACUGUACUGGCAGCAGCCUGGGGAACUUGAUCCUGUCCAUCAAGUGCGAGGAAGCUGAUGGGAUCGAGUACCUUCGGAUCAUGCUCAGGUCCAAACUGAAGACGGUGCAUGAACGGAUCCCCUUGGCGGGACUGAGCAAGUUGCCCAGCGUCCCACAGAUUGCAAAGGCUUUCUGUGACGACGCAGUGGGGCUGAAAUUCAACCCUGUCCUGUACCCCAAGGCCUCCCAGAUGAUUGUGUCCUACGAUGAACAUGAUGUCAACAACACGUUCAAAUUUGGGGUCAUUUAUCAAAAAGCCAGGCAGACCCUAGAGGAGGAGCUGUUUGGGAACAAUGAGGAGAGUCCAGCUUUCAAGGAGUUCUUAGACCUGUUGGGGGACACGAUCACACUGCAGGACUUCAAAGGUUUCCGAGGAGGCCUGGAUGUGACCCAUGGACAGACAGGGGUGGAAUCAGUGUACACUACAUUCCGGGACAGGGAGAUCAUGUUUCACGUCUCCACAAAGCUGCCAUUUACUGAGGGAGACGCCCAGCAGCUCCAGAGAAAGAGACACAUUGGAAAUGACAUUGUGGCCAUCAUUUUUCAAGAAGAAAAUACACCAUUUGUCCCAGAUAUGAUUGCCUCCAAUUUCUUACAUGCCUACAUUGUUGUGCAGGCUGAGACCUCGGGCGCAGAGACCCCAUCCUACAAGGUCUCUGUCACCGCGCGGGAAGAUGUGCCUGCCUUUGGCCCGCCUCUGCCCAGCCCCCCUGUUUUCCAGAAGGGCCCGGAGUUCAGGGAGUUUCUGCUCACCAAGCUCACCAAUGCAGAGAAUGCUUGCUGCAAAUCGGACAAGUUUGCGAAGCUGGAGGACCGGACAAGGGCUGCCCUCCUGGACAACCUUCACGAUGAGCUGCACACCCACACACAGGCCAUGUUAGGACUGGGCCCAGAGGAGGACAAGUUUGAGAAUGGGGGCCACGGGGGAUUCCUGGAGUCUUUCAAGAGGGCUAUCCGUGUGCGCAGCCACUCCAUGGAGACCAUGGUGGGCAGCCAGAAGAAAUCACAUGGUGGGGCCAUCCCUGGCAGCCUCAGCGGGGGCAUCUCUCACAACAGCGUGGAGGUCACCAAAACUACCUUCUCGCCUCCGGUGGCAGUGGCAACAGCGAAGAACCAGUCACGGAGCCCCAUCAAGCGGCGGUCAGGGCUCUUUCCCCGUCUACAUACGGGCUCUGAAGGCCAGGGGGACAGCCGGACGCGAUGUGACAGCACAUCCAGUACCCCCAAGACCCCAGAUGGAGGACACUCUUCUCAGGAGAUAAAGUCUGAGACUUCAUCCAACCCCAGCUCUCCUGAAAUCUGCCCCAACAAAGAGAAGCCCUUCAUAAAGUUGAAGGAGAACGGCCGAGCCAAUAUCUCCCGCUCCUCCUCCAGCACCAGCAGCUUCAGCAGCACUGCAGGGGAGGGCGAGGCCACAGAGGAGGGUGACAGUGGGAGCAGCCAGCCAUCUACAACCUCACCCUUCAAGCAGGAGGUGUUUGUCUACAGCCCGUCCCCGAGCAGCGAGAGCCCCAGCCUGGGGGCAGUGGCCACGCCUGUCAUCAUGAGCCGGAGUCCCACGGAUGCCAAAGGCAGAAACUCCCCGAGAUCAAACCUGAAAUUCCGCUUCGAUAAGCUCAGCCAUGCCAGCUCUGGUGCGGGUCACUAAUGUGAAGAAGGAGUCCUUCGCCUGUCUGAGGGAUGCCCCGAUUCUGUCCUGGAGAAGGCUCCUAGUCUGGCAGUUUGGGGGUGCCAUCCACUACUCUGACCAUGGCAGGCCUAUUCCCCACUGGCCAUCUGCCCACUAGGUCUGCUGUCCCAGUAUCCCAAACCGGCUAUGGCCCUGCCCGCUCCUCACCAGCACACCCUGCAGCACCUCCCUAUGUCUGGACAAGGCCUCACUCCUUGAGGUGCUCCUGCUCCUGACCUCCUGAUGUGACAUAUGUCUGGGUGAUUUGUCAUCUUGUUUAGUCUGCAGAGGAAAAGAGCGCUGGGCCAUGGAGAAUCUGGGUCCUUGGGGCUUAGCCAGAGAGUGGGGAGCUGGUCUGCCUCUGAGACAAAGAGUGGGGAGAUGGGGCUCAGAGGCCAAUAGCAGGACAGGGUGCCCUGGUGAGUAGCUGGCAGAGGUGGGCCCUGUCUGUCCUUGGUCACAGUGUGGCGCCUUCCCAGACGCAGCAGGCAGGAGGCUUUACCGGCUCCAGUGCAUUCUAUAGUGGUAGAGGGGCCACUUUCCAGGAGCCAAGAUUCAUAUCAUUCCUAAGCCUGUCCUGAUAAAAAUUGGCUCUGUUGCUCUCAUGUCUCUGGAGCUCUAAAACAUUUUCCUGCUUCUGUGCUAAGAACUUCUCACCCAUCUGCUGAUAUAGGCCUAGGAUCGCCUCCAUCCCUGUUGCUAGUGCACUGUGAGCAGGGUCAGGCUGCUGAAGCUUGGAGACAGAGCUGGUGUGUCUGGGAUGGGGCACUACGUGUGUCCUUAACUGUGGUCAGAACUCUUUGUCCCAUCUAAUUUCAGCAAGGCUCCUGCUUGUCCUUGCUGUGGGAGAAGCCCCAUGGCAAUCUCUCUCCUUUAGGCAGAUGCUUUUUCCAUAAAGGUGCAAGAUUCUAGGAGCAAGAAGGAAUUCAGAGAGAGCAAAUAAGCUGGGGAAAACCUCUGGGCCUGAGGGUUGGGCUGCGGUCUGAGUCUCCACUGGUUGUGGAGGUUCAAGGGAGGCAUAAAUAGUUUAACUUACCACUUAAGAGAGGGGCCGAGGGGAGGUAAGGGAUGACUUGGGUUCUGAUAGGCCAAGAACAUAGAGUCCCUUAGCAACUUAAUGUUCCUCACAUCUGUGUGGGUUCAGUGCUAGCUCGGGGGGUGGGGGUGGGAGAUCUUUCUAGCUGCCAUGCCCCUUGGCUGUGUCUAGGGCACAAUCUCUCAGUCCUCUUCUUUCCCUCUGCAACUGUGGCUCUGUAGGCACUUGUCACCUCUGUGGGAUUCCUGCAACCUGGGCCCCAUCUGAGUAUGGUUCAGAGGUCAAGUGCCCUCAGCUAGAGUGCCCUUCAGGGUGAGCUCUUCUCCUAGGAGCAGCCCCUCUGGCUUCUCACCCAUCCCAGCCUGCAGCGUGAGAGGGUGCUUCUACUGAUCGCCUAGCUGGGUUUUAGGUGGGGCAGCCUCCGAGUAAAAGAGUCUGAAUACCAGAUCCUUGGAGGUGCUGCAUAUUCUGGCACAUAUGGGGCUAGUCGCACAGUACUGCCUGGUGAUGCUUUAAUGAGCAGCUGAGAAGGAUUUGCACAGGGAUCUGGACCUAUUCCUGAGUCAAAGCAUAAGAAUAUUAUACUCAUUUUUACUGAUAUGGUGACAAUUUCCCCAUCACUUUUCCCAUUAGAGCAAAAUUUUGAUCCUUUGUCCUCCAUUCACGUGGAAAUUGUUGGGUCCCAUUUGCAGGCUAGGGGGACCUCUCCCCUCACAUUAUCUGGGAAAUGUGCUUAUGUAAAGUACUAUUCCAGUCAAAUUAUUCUAGUUAGAAGGUCACAAAAUAUCUGUUUAGCUUUUAUUAAAAGUCACUGUAGCAGCACCCACUGCUGGAAUGAGAGCUGCAGAUCCUGGCAACGUCUUGUUGGCUGGUUCUGAAGGAACUUGAAAGGUCAGACUGCAUUUCUUUAAGAACUGUUGCAGGGCUCCGGCUUGCCUGAGUAGCUAGGUUUACAGUUGCUUGGUGGUUGUGCCAUGUUGACACGUGGCCUGGGGUCCUGGGGUUUCUGGCUUGUCCCCAUGCUGUCCCAUUUGUCAAUCUCAUGCCCGCCUGUUCCCACUGCUCUGGCUGCUCCCCUGCAGCCCCCUACCUCCCGGGAGGGCUUUGCCCCUGCCGCUGAGCUGGUGGGCAGGAUGGCUGGGUGUGUCCAGAGGACCUGAGAGGCACAGUCCUGAGAUGUGGUUUUCACCCUUUGUUUGCUACUGGGGUGCUCUGAGCAGGCUGUGAAACACCCCUUCUCUCUGGGUCAUGCCUCACCAUGUCCAGAAGAUCCAUCCUGUGGCUUCUAGGGUGUGUACUUCUAGCUUACCUGUGACACUUCUAGCCCACCCGAGGUCCCAUUGCUGAGAGGGAGGAGGGGAACAAAGAUGGCCCAGUCUCCCCUCGCUCCUUUGGGCCAUGGCACAGGCAGUUUGGUUCUUGGAGAGCUGCUCCCCCCAAGCUCUCCUUGUGUCUGCUCUGAUCCAGAAUGUCUUUUCUUUUAUUGCUGUGCCCAGCCUUGGGGCUCAAAGAUUUGCUCAAGCCUCAUCCACCCUUGUGAUAGCCUCAUCUAGAUGGUGCUCAUGCUGGUAUUUGAGGCAUGUCCACUGUGAUCUCCAUAAAGAGGGUGUUUGCUGGACACAUCUCUUGUGGGGCUUGGGAUUGCUCCACCCCCUGAAGAAACUACUUUUCAGGCACUGUUGGGUACCUACACCAGCUCAGCUGAUGCUUACAAACCGAUGCAGAAAAGCUUGAGGUAGAAGGUUUUAACCAAUUUCUGUCUGUGCUAACGAAUAUAAAAUGGCAUUUCUUGAAAUAUAUUCUGUGGUCCAGCUUUGUCAGCAUCAUCCAAAUGCCCCUUUGAGCAUCUCAUCCGGCCAUGUCAUCGUUCAGAUGAGAAACCUUAGCCCUAGUGAGGGGAAAAAACUUGCUUGAGGUCACAGCCAGGUAGUGGCAAAGCUGGGAUUAAAACCCACAACCCAGGAUCCUUUCUUCUGCACCACCUGCAUAGUUGGCUGAAUAAGUGACUAUAUCUCCUGGGGCCCUGGGUAUUGAGGAAGCCAUUGGCUGGGCCUCUGCACUGGCAGGGAGGUGUCAGCAGUUGGGGGUGCUGUAGUUGCUGUGUUUUCAUUUUUUUUUUCCAUCAGGAGGGAUAUUCUCUUGGAAUUUUCCAUGAGGGCCCUGGGUUUUGGAUGCAGCUUGAGCAAAGAAAAUAAGGAGAGAAUGGGAUUCCAGUGAACUUUGCCCUUUGGUUCUUCAACUUUAACCUGUAAUGAGGGCGGAGGCCAGGGCAAGGAGGCAGUUAAGCCUUGGUGUCCUUUUACUAAAUUAAGAAGAAAAGUGGCAAAAGAAAACUUCACAUCAUUCCCUGAUUCUUAGAUGAAGGAGGUUAAUAAAAAGCUGGAUAUAAGUGAUGAGGAAGGAUAAGAGCUUGUUUUACUUUCUUACCCUGACCCUAUGGUGCCAAGUCAAACACUACCCUUUUCAUUCAUUUCUAAGUCAGUAGAGACAGAUCUGUUUUCAGUAGUCGGGGUUCAAGUAAAUCUUAUGGCUAUACGUGGCUGCCAGGUACCAGGCCAGUCUGCCAUGCUGAGGACCCCAUAGCUCCUCCCCCAGUCUCUAGCUGCCCCUUAUUAAGGAGAGGGCGGGUCAGUAAAGUGUGCCGAGGCUGUCCCUGCAGCCUGGUGGGGGGGCACUUGGAACAUUUUUCUACCAAGCUCUUAUAUCAGUGGCCCCUUGCCCACUCUAAUCCUACAGCUCCCCAUCUCCCUUCUUCUGCCUGGGCCAUGUGCCCCUUUGGGAGGAAGAAGAUCCCCCUUGCUAGGGCCAAAGGCAGCAGAGCCGUGCCUAGUGAGAGGCUCUGGGGGCAGUGGCUCUGUCUGGUGCCUUACUAGCCCUGGGGGAGGGUGCUUGGCUGGAAGACUGGAAUGUAAUUGCCAUCGUCUUUGAUUUUGUGACAUUUCCGCUUGGAAGGGCAAACCCUUCCUUCCCUCUCCUUAGCAUGUGUGCCAACUCCCCCUUGCAACGGGUGCGACUCUUCGACACUCCAGCUUGGGGAGGGCUGACGUCCAAGUGUGAAGAGAUUCCUCUGUGUGAUAGAACCUAAGAACUGUAGCUUGGAAGUGAUAAUCCAUGUGAUGAUGACUUUUCUUUCUUUCCUCUUAGCGAGGAGGUGAUUUGUAGACCCCGACUGCCUCUGUAAUGUAAAUAGUGUACAUUUAAUUUAUUGCUAUGGUAGCACAUUGUAUUUGUUAAUGUAUAAAACAAAUUCUAAAAGGUUGAGAAAUGUAUAUUUUGUUGCUUAAAUGUGUCUUUGCAGAAAUUGACAAUAAAUAACAUAUUUUGUGUCCA